GGGCGGAGUUUAGUUGAAGAUCGAAUUCGGAUUCGGUUGGCGGGCGCGGCCAUCUUGGUGAAUAAGUGAUCAGGCGAUUCAGUUUUAGUUAGUGAAAAAUCAUUAGUCAUCCACAAUGUCGGAAAGGGAAGAUAAUGUGUACAAAGCUAAACUAGCCGAGCAGGCUGAGCGUUACGAUGAAAUGGUCGAGGCCAUGAAGAAUGUGGCUUCACGCAACAUCUCUGACAAUGAAUUAACAGUUGAGGAGAGGAACCUCCUGUCUGUAGCGUACAAAAACGUGAUUGGUGCUCGUCGGGCUUCAUGGAGAAUAAUUUCCUCAAUCGAACAGAAGGAAGAAACCAAGGGAGCAGAAGACAAACUUAACAUGAUCAGAGCAUAUCGUAGUCAAGUUGAGAAAGAAUUGAGGGAUAUCUGUUCCGACAUUCUCAGUGUACUAGACAAACACCUCAUCCCCAGCUCUCAGACUGGAGAAUCUAAAGUUUUCUAUUACAAAAUGAAAGGUGACUACCACCGAUACCUUGCGGAGUUCGCGACGGGCAAUGACCGUAAGGAAGCAGCCGAAAACUCACUGGUCGCCUACAAGGCGGCUUCGGACAUAGCCAUGACUGAACUUCCACCUACCCACCCCAUUCGUCUCGGACUGGCACUUAACUUCUCAGUGUUCUACUACGAAAUCCUGAACAGCCCGGACCGCGCGUGCCGGCUCGCGAAGGCGGCGUUCGACGACGCAAUCGCGGAGCUCGACACGCUGUCCGAAGAGAGCUACAAGGACUCCACCCUUAUCAUGCAGCUGCUGCGGGACAACCUCACCCUGUGGACGUCCGAUAUGCAGGGUGACGGAGAGUCGGGUGAGGCUGAACAGAAAGAACCAGCGCAGGAUGUCGAAGAUCAGGACGUGUCGUAAUACUUUUAAACGUUCUAUUUUAAAUAUUAUAAAAAUUAAAUAUAAUAUCAUGUAAGACCCAGCCCCUAAUGACAACUGGUUGUUAAAUUAUUAUUCUCAAAAACUUGUUUCCGAGACGUUUCUUACUCAUUACAAAAACACUUUCGAUUGGCAGUUAUAAAAUCUUUCGCCAUUUAUCGUUUGGGUAUUGGAUCAAAUCUUCGAGGAGAGAAUAUACUUCAAAAUAAUACGUCUUUUGAUAUAAUAAAUGUUGCGUUUAACAUUGAGUAAAUUAUAUUUAAAUCGAUUACUUCGGUAUCGCAUUUUAACUGUAUGUUCUAAGGAUGUAUUUUCCUGACGGUUGCGUCGUGUCGAUCUCUAACGUUGAGCUUCUCCCGUGGACGGCCCGCCCGUCCACCCCCUCUAUAUUAUGAUAGUGAACGCUAAUAGAUUUUCCAUCUUUCGACACCUGAAUAUUCCGAGGUGGAAUUGUAAAUUUUCUAAGUAUUUUAUACUGUAAAAUGAAUGUUCUCGAUUCUGUCGUACGUCGGCCGCCGCCCUAGCGCCCGGUCGACGUCGCUAUACUCGUAUACACUGUAGUGAGUGUAUGUAUCUCGUGAAUGUAAUAGAUAUUAUUUAUCCAUCGCUUAUCGGCGAAUUCGUUUUGCACAAAUAGUCGUUUUACGUGGACGUCCGACGUCGCCGAGUCGACGCCGACUCACCUUACGUGCGCAGUUAUUUUAGGAUCCGUUUCCGUGAGCCCAGUCGAUGUGUUACGAGAUCAUGUCAUCAAGAUUGUGAACGGCAACGUCGUCGUUAACUUUUUCGGUAGUCCUUCACAACUGAGCUAACUGUUAUACGGGGUGUCGACUGGUUUCAUGCGAAUUCUUUGUAUCUGCUAGUUACUUACCGUAGCGUUUAUGCUCGUGCGUCGCCCAAGUUAUACUAGAUCGAUCGCAUGUGUCGCCGCAUGCGAGUGCCGCCCCGACGCGUGCGGGCAGCGUGGGCGGGGCGCGAGCGUGGUGGUGCGAGUGCGAGCGUCCGCCGCGCCUACCGUGUAGCGCCGCGGCGCUCGAGCGAGUCGGAGCGCGCUUCCUUCGUAUUAUAUAAUUUUGGAGUAUUCACACUGAAUUGCUUUAAUUACUUACGAGUAUUGUGAUAGAUUUUGUAUAUUAUAAUUUAUUUUUUAAUUUCGCAUGUCUGCUAAAAUAUCGCUGUAGCGCUACGUCUGUUUUAUUCUCGCAAGAUAACACGGUAGGUCUAAAGUUGUGGUAGGUUAAGGUUCCGGGCCGAGUUAAUCGUUUAGCUGCAGCGCUCUAUGUGCGAACACAUUCCAUGUUCCAUCGCUGGCCGACGGCGCGGGCGGCGGCUCGAUCGCGGCGAGCGUCGCGGUGAGCGUGCCCGAGUAAGAUAUUAGCGUUAUUUUAUUUGAAUUUUGUAAUAUUGCAUAUAUUAUUGUUAAUUUAUCCACAAAAUUUACUGAUGCAAUUAGCCUUAGAGUAAUGCAAUAUUGAUUUAUGUCCUACCACCUACAUGGAAAUUUAUUGUAAAUGACAGUGUAAAUCUAAUAAUAAAAAUUUAAAAGUC